AUGGACACCACCCAGGGACAGGGUGAGGAUCAGGGUCAGAAUCUGACCCCUGAUCCAACCCAGGACCCCCCCCCCCCCCCCCCCCAGGACGCCCGUCAAGGCGCCUCUGAAGACUCCCCUCAGGCUGCCGAGUGGGCACUCACGAGAUAUGCAACAUCUCGCGGGUAUGGAGCCCAACUGCCGGAGUAUUUGCCCGGUGGGCCUGCCAACGCUGUUCAAAUCGGUGCGCCCUUCAGAGUCCCGGUGGCCGAGGGAGGGGGUGAAGAUAAGCCUCCCGGGGAUUGGGCCAGAUAUAUCUGGAAGGCCCCGUUCAGUGUUGCUCGACAGGGAGACCUCCUGAAGGGCCACCUCGCCGAGUUGUUGAAGAGCGAGCCGGUCCGGGAGCUCAUCCCGCGCGAGCGCUACUUCACGAGUGCCCGGCGCAUGGAUGAGCUUCUCCGAAACAACGUGGCAAACGUGGAAUCCGCGGCAGUAUACUGCCAGGGCGAGAUACAGACAGACGAGGAUCGAUGCAGAGACUACUCAGUUGGAAUGGAAGUGGCUGAUAAAUUAAAUCCAAACUGUGUACGACUCGCCAAUGGAGAAGGGAGUCUACAAGCCUGCGCGAACUGCAUGUGGAAUGGAAUGCAUGAGCGAUGCAGUUUCUGGAAGCCUUCCCCAACGACCCCUUCGACCGGAAACUGGGGCCACCAGCGAAACAAGCCUUCGGUCAGCAAGAAGGCCGCUGAUGCCGCGUGGAAAGAGUUGAAUCACGGGCUGGACACGAUCCAACAGCUUCCCACCCGAGGUGCCCAAGCUUGUGCCGAUGAAGACUGGUCUGUGGUAGAUGCUCUGGUGGAUAAGCAAGGAAACCACUGGAAGACCAUUCAGCACGCACUGAGCAUUGUCAGCCAAUUCCACUCCCCCAAGCCGAGCUUGCCGCAGCAGCCCGAGGGAAACUGA